AUGGUGAACCUAUCGCCGAUAGAGCGACAUCUUAACUUCUACCGGAUUCACCUCCUCGCAUUCAUCGUUCUUCCGCUCCUCUGGGCAGUCGUCUUCUGGGCCUGCAACGGCGCAUUUCCCGUCGCCUUCAUCGACUCUCUUUAUGUCUGCAUCAGCGCCGCCACUGGCACCGGCCUUCUCACCCUCGACCUCAGUGGUCUCACCGCAUGGCAGCAGGUGCUCAUCGUACUCAUCGAAAUCGUUGGCAACCAGGCAUUCGUUGCGUGGGUUGUCGUAGUCGUGAGGAGAUCGUACUUCAGACAGAGGCUCCGCCACAUCGUCGAGGCCGAGAUGAAGAGAACAUCUACCAUCGAACAUUCGCAAGACGUCCCUUCUUCUACGCGACAUAUCAGAGAGACUCUGAAAAGACUGAAAUUCAAGCAAGAAGAGAUGGAACGAGCCUCUCGUGAAAACUCCAAGCUUCCCCAGGCUCCCAAAAGCGUCGUUCGUGCAGAUAUGAUCCGCAGACUAGAUGUCGCGCCCCGGCCUAUCGACCCUAUGGCGUCCAUGCCCACUCCUUCCCCGUUGACCGCGGAUACUUCGCCGAGACAACAGGGAUCGACAUGGCCCACCGCUCCCUCAGUCGGCGCUCGCAGCCCUCAGGCUCAGGACACGUCGCUCCCCGGUCCCGCCUGUCGCCAGCGCCGCUUCCUCAGAGGACAGCUUCGGCGGGUUUCCGAACGUGGUCGAGCUCGCCUCGAGACUCCUGCGCCGGGUCGCUCCUCGCGCGGCCCGCAAGCUACAGCGCACGCUCACGAUGCCCGCGCGGAGACGUUGGUCCCUACCGGCGGCGGCGCGGCGCUGACACCAGAAGGCCCGGUAAAGUCGGUGCCGUACCUGAGCUUCAGCGCGACCGUGCGGCGCAAUUCUGCCUUCUAUGGCCUCACUGCGGAGAACAUCGAAGAGCUUGGAGGGGUCGAGUACCGCGCGCUCAGCGCGCUUCUGUGGAUAAUCCCUGUGUACUACUUCGGGAUCUUGGCGGUCUCGUUCAUCAUAAUCGCGCCGUACAUGUCCCUGCCAGAGUGGGAGAGCAACUUCCAUCCGCCUCUGCAACAUCGUGUCAUCAACCCAGUCUGGUUCUCCGCGUUCCAAGUGAUCGGCGCGUGGGCAAAUACAGGCAGGGCCACUUCUGUUCAGUCAGGAAAUACGUGGAUAUCGCUCGUCGACCAGAAUGUAGUCCCCUUUCAGACGGCGUACAUCUUCAUCCUCGUCCUCGUCUUUUGUGUUCUGGCCGGCAACACAUGCCUCCCCGUCUUCUGGACGCUAUGGAAACUCCCCGGCCCGGCCCGGUACAAGGAGGCCCUGCAUUUCCUGCUCGACCACCCGCGCCGAUGCACGAUCUACCUCUUCCCCGCCCGCCAGACGUGGCUCCUCAUCGGCACGAUCAUGGUUCUCAACCUCACGAACCUGCUCUUCGACCUCGUGCUCAACAUCGGGAACCCGGCCACGGAGGCGCUGCCCUUCGGGGUGCGCUUCAUCGACGCCGUCCUCCUCGCCGCCGCGUGCCGCAACGCCGGGUACCAGCCUGUGUCCGUGGCGGCGCUCGUGCCUGCAGUGCAGGUGCUCUUCGUGGUCAUGAUGUACAUCGCCAUAUACCCGAUCGCGAUGAGCGUGCGCGCGACGAACGUGUACGAGCAGAAGUCGCUCGGCGUGUACGAGCAGGUGCCGGAGGACGACGAGAUCGACGACGACGAGCACUGGAACCGGCCCACCGAGUCGCGCGUCGCGAUCUGGGGCAAGUACCUCCUCCGGCACGCGCGCAGGCAGCUUUCCUUCGUGUUCGAGCUCGUCUCCGCGUACGGCACCGAAAACUUCGCGCUCUCCGGCGGGAUGCACGUCCUCUCCAAGCUCGUCGUCUGCGCCGUCAUGAUCCGCGGCCGGCACCGCGGCCUCCCCGUCGCGCUCGACCGCGCCGUCCUCUUCCCCUCCGACUUCCUCCCCACGCGCGCCACCGGCCCCUCCGAGCCCGAGAAGCCGCCCGUCGCCGCGGAGGAGGCGGAGGCGGAGGUCGAGGCGGGCGAGGUCGUCGGCCCGCUGCGGGACGCGCCGGCGCUCGCGGCGAAGAUGCGGAUGCGCGCGCGCACGGUGAGCCUCGUCGUCGCGGAGGAGCGCCGGGCGCCGGGCGCGGGGGCGGGGGUGAACGUACCUGACCCGGGCGGGGUGGCGCGCGCGGAUGGAGGGGUGUCGGUGGGGAGCGUGUAA